CUGUUUAACAUUUGACCCACAGCGUCUUUACUUCUCUGGCUUUACUUCAGAAACAACAUCAUAACAAACUCUCCCUUACAGACACAGGUGUAGUUAUAGUAAUAAUGUCGCGCAUGCGCGUUCUUCUCUCAUCUGAAUCGAAACCGCAAGUAAACUCGACAGGAAAAUUAGGUAGUUUUGACGGCCUAAGAACUGUCAGAAACAUCACAGUAAGGAUCUUCAGGAUGAGGAAGAGGAAGGGAUCAUCUCCUGGGCACAGCUGUGUGUCUCUGAAAAAUGCAAGAUCCAGGAUGGAUCAUCCUGAUUUCAGUUAUGACACAGUGACCUUUGACCCCAGCAGAGCAGAUGGAGAACAACACAUCUCUGGAGGAGCCACCUCUGUCUUCUGUUUGAACAACAUGAACGUUACAGCGCCUCUGAAUAAACAUAAUCAACCAGUGAAUGAUGAACUACAGAGAGUCAAAGACCAUCACAAAACCAGCAUGAAGAACAAGUAUGAGAGAUUAUUUGAGGGACUGACACUCCAGGAGAAUGAAACCAUCUUGAACAGGAUUUACACACAGAUUUACAUCAUAGAGGGAGAGAGUGAAGGAGUGAAUGAAGAACAUGAGGUUUUACAGAUGGAGAAAACAGCCAGAACAUAUGACUUACAAGACACUCCAAUCUACUGCAAUGACAUCUUUAAAGCUUCAACUGUACCAGGAUGUGAGGAGAAAGACCAGAUCAAGACUGUUCUUACUAAAGGCAUCGCUGGAAUCGGAAAAACUGUCUCUGUGCAAAAGUUCAUUCUGGACUGGGCUGAGGGAAAAGCCAAUCAGGAUGUAGAUUUCAUGUUUGUGCUUCCAUUUCGAGAGCUGAACUUGAUCCGAGAUCAUCAGUACAGUCUUCACAGACUUCUGCUGGACUUUCAUCCUGAACUUCAAGAUCUGAACUCAAAGAUUUAUGAGGAGUGUAAAGUUGUGUUCAUCUUGGAUGGUCUGGAUGAAAGCAGAAUCCCACUGAUGUUUUCAGAUGAUCAGAAAGUGUGUGAUGUGACUGAGACUUCAUCAGUGAGUGUGUUGAUGUCAAACCUCAUAAAAGGAGAGCUGUGCACUUCUGCUCUCAUCUGGAUCACCUCCAGACCAGCAGCAGCCAAUCAGAUCCCCUCCAAAUACAUCAACCGUCUGACAGAAAUUAAGGGAUUCACUGAACCUCAGAAGGAGGAAUAUUUCAGGAAAAGAAUCAGUGACCAGCAUCAAGCCAGCAGAAUCAUCUCACACAUCAGAAGAGCAAGAAGCCUCCACAUCAUGUGCCACAUCCCCGUCUUCUGCUGGAUCUCAUCCACUGUGCUUCAGAAGCUCCUGGAAGUAGAUCUGAGUGCAGAAAUCCCCCAAACUCUAACUGAAAUGUACAUCCACUUUCUUCUGAUUCAGAUCAGCACGAGGAACCAGGAGUAUGAAGAGACACAUCCAAAGAAACUCCUGCAGUCCAACAGAGAAGUGAUUGUGAAACUUGCUGAAGUGGCUUUCAAACAGCUGAUGAAGGGCAAUGUGAUGUUCUAUAAGGAGGACCUGAUUGAGAGCGGCAUAGAUGUCACUGAUGACUCUAUGUAUUCUAGGAUUUGCACUGAGAUCUUUAAGAAGGAAUCUGUGAUUCAUCAGAGGAAAGUCUACAGCUUCAUUCAUCUCAGCCUUCAGGAGUUUCUUGCUGCUUUCUACGUAAUAUAUUGCUUUUUAAUGAAGAACAUAGAACCAAUACAAUUUUUUCUGCAUGAAUUUACAUCUUACACAUUUAAAGUCUCUCUGUAUAAUCUAUUAAGAUCAGCAGUAAAUAAAGCACUCAUAAGUAAGAAUGGUCAGCUGGAUCUGUUCUUGCGGUUCCUGCUAGGCGUCUCACUGAAGUCCAAUCAGAGACUCUUACAGGAUCUACUGACACACACAGAGAUCAGAUUAGAGAGCAUCAAGGGAACCACACAGGACAUUAAAGAGAUGAUGAAAGAUAUACAUAAUAGUUAUCGUCUCUCUGCUGGUCAGUCCAUCAAUCUGUUCCUCUGUCUGCUGGAAGUGAAAGAUCAGACUCUGUCCAGAGAGAUUCAGGAGUUUUUGAAAUCAGACAAACACUCAGAGAAGAAACUCUCUCCUGCUCACUGCUCAACAAUCUCCUACAUGCUUCAGACGUCAGAGGAGCCGCUGGAUAAGCUUGAUCUCAAGAAAUACAACACAUCAGAUGAGGGGAGAAGAAGACUGAUACCAGCUGUGAUUAACUGCAGAAAAGCUAUACUCUCUGGCUGUGGUCCCUCAGAUCAGCAUUGUGAAAUUGUGUCAUCAGCUUUAAAAUCUUCAAAUUGUUUCCUGAGAGAGCUGGAUCUGAGUAACAAUGACCUCCAGGAUUCAGGAGUGAAGCUGCUCUCUGAUGGACUGAAGAGGCCAAACUGUCAGCUGCAGAUACUGAGGUUUGCUGUCUGUAAUCUUACUGCUCAGUGUUGUGAGAGUUUGUCAUCAGCUCUACAAUCCUCAAACUGUGUCCUAAAAGAGCUGGAUCUGAGUAACAAUGACCUGCAGGAUUCAGGAGUGAAGCUGCUCUCUGAUGGACUGAAGAGUCCAAACUGUCAGCUGCAGAUACUGAGGCUUGCUGGCUGUAAUCUCACUGCUCAGUCUUGUGAGAGUCUGUCAUCAGCUCUUCAAUCCUCUAACUGUGUCCUGAGAGAGCUGGAUCUGAGUAACAAUGACCUGCAGGAUUCAGGAGUGAAGCUGCUCUCUGAUGGACUGAAGAGUCCAAACUGUCAGCUGCAGAUACUGAGGUUGUCAGGCUGUAUGGUGACAGAGGAAGGCUGUGGCUAUUUGUCUUCAGCUCUGAGUUCAAACCCCUCACACCUGAGAGAGCUGGAUCUAAGCUACAAUCACCCAGGAGAUUCAGGAGUGCAGCUGCUCAAACACAAACUGGAGGAUCCAGACUAUACACUGCAGAUACUCAAUGUUGAUCAUGGAGGAGAGAUCAGGAUAACAACAGGCCUACAAAAAUACACCUGUGAUCUCACACUGGAUCCAAACACAGCUCACACUAAGCUUGAGCUGUCUGACGAGAACAGGAAGAUCACUCAUGAGUUUGAGCGUCAGCAGUAUCCUGAUCAUCCAGACAGGUUUGACGGUGUUCCUCAGGUUCUGAGUGUUCAGAGUCUGACUGGACGCUGUUACUGGGAGGCUGAAUGGAGUGGAGAUAAUGCUGAUAUUUCAGUGUCAUAUAAAGGAAUCAACAGGAAAGGAGUGAAAGAAGACUCUAUGUUUGGAUGGAAUGAAAAGUCCUGGAGUCUGGACUGCUCUGAUAACAGAUUCUCUGUCUGGCACAAUAAUAAGAGCACUAAUAUACCUUCUGUCAGUUCAUCCUCUAAUAGAGUAGGAGUGUAUCUGGACUGGUCAGCCGGUUCUCUGUCCUUCUACAGCGUCUCUGACACACACACACUCACACACUUACACACAUUCAACACCACAUUCACCGAACCCCUCUAUGCUGGAUUUACAGUUUAUUAUGAUUCCUCAGUGUCUCUGUGUGAUAUUAAAUCUUGUAAAUCCUCUUUCUGAUGUUCACAUGAACACAAAUUCAUUAAAUUGCACAUUAUUAGAGGCCAAGUACAGAAGCUGCACCUAUUGUAUCUGUUAGGAUUCUUCUUGUUUUCCACUUUUGAGUCUACAGCAGCCCAUAAAACUGCUUGCUGAAAAAUUAUGAAAUUUGGCACACUAACUGAGAAAGGUUUCAAUUGUCAGCAUAGCAAAUUUAGAGGAAUUUUGAACUCAAACUCAUUAAUGCCACAAGUUGUCAAAAAUUUCAUUCAUGUUUAUACUAAUGACUUUCUGAAUUUUAUUUUUUUCUGAAUCAUGGGCUCAUGCCAAUUCAAAUGAACUCCAAAAUAUAAAAUUCAUAAGGUUCUGUUUUUUUUGUUGUUUUCAAUAGUUUGAAAAAAGUACCUAGACUGUUUUUCAGGUUUUCACAAAAAAUGGCUCAGAUCAUCUUUAGACCAUGCUGGAAAAAAGUUAUUGAAUUCAAGUCUAUUAGUCAAACUGUUCACGAAUAACCCACAAACAAAAUCAAUCAAAAGCAUGUAAAAAUGGAUGCAUCUCCACAACGGUGUAUUGAGACCAAACUUGGUGAGCAUUAUAACAGACAUGACCUGACAUUACCUGCAGUAUUUCACGCUGUGCCACCUAGUUGCCAGAAAAAUAUAUAUUUUCAUCCCAAAACUGGUCUCUUUAGAUUGUGUGCAUCAUGCUGAGUCGAACGAAACCCAGUUUUCAUUUUCAAAAUGAAAACAAAUUUAGCCAUAAGUCCUUUUUCUCUUUUCAAAAUGAGAUAUUUUCACACAUGUAUGGGUAAAGUAAAACACACUCUAAGGACAUGUAAAAGAUUCAAUGGGAUUGUGCUUCUUGGUGGCGUUAUAAGUAAACAAAACUUGACAUUACCAUUGACCACAAUAAAGAAUAAUGACAUAAAAUACUAUAUUUUAUGACGUCUUGGAGUCGGAGUCAAAUCUUGAGUUUUUGGCCAUGAGUCUUAGUUGCGUCUCAAGUCAUUUAACGGCUCACUAAAAAAUCCCAUUCAGAACCCUUAUCAAUUGAAAUCAUAUUUUCAAAGCUUUUUCAAAUGCUAGACAAAAUAUAUGAUCCAUCGUCUGCUUUGAAAAAAAAAAGUGAAUUUA